CCAGAAAAAAGAAAGAAAGGAUAGCAACAAAGAAUUUACCAGGGGACAAGACCAAUUAAGCAGCUUCAGUCAUUAGUCUAUAAAAUGGGAGAGCAAAGGGAGCACCUUCAUUGCAGAGCUUACAAGAGUAACAAUCAAAUUAACUACUUCUAAGCUAAACUACUUUUCUCUAAGCUAUGGCUUUUGGAGAUGAAAAUGGAGUGGUGGUUAAGAGGAACAAGAAGGUGUUGUUGAAGAAGUAUGUGAAUGGGUUUGUGGAAGAGAGUGAUAUGGAGGUUGUCACUAAUGAAACUAUCCUUCUUGAGCUUCCUCAAGGAUCUAAGGAUAUUGUUCUAGUUAAGAACCUCUACCUUUCUUGUGAUCCUUUCAUGAGAGGUCUAAUGUUGGAAAUGAGUGAGUCUCACUACAUGGAAGCUUUUGUGCCUGGCAGUGUUAUUAAAGGUUUUGGUGUGAGUAGAGUGUUGAAAUCUGGUCAUCCUAAUUUCAAAGAAGGGGAGUAUGUAUGGGCAAUAACUGGAUGGGAGGAGUAUAGUCUCAUCACUGAUACUGAGAAAAUUUUCAAGAUCCCAUUCACUAAUGUUCCUCUGUCUUAUUACACUGGCCUUCUUGGUAUGACAGGAUUCACAGCAUAUGUAGGAUUCAAUGAGAUAUGUAAUCCCAAAAAAGGGGAGUAUGUGUUCGUAUCAGCAGCAUCAGGAGCUGUUGGGCAGAUAGUGGGACAAUUAGCCAAACUCAUGGGUUGCUAUGUUGUUGGUAGUGCUGGUUCUGAUGAGAAGGUUGAGCUUUUGAAAACCAAGUUUGGUUUUGAUGAUGCUUUUAAUUACAAGAAGGAGAAAAGCUUGGGCGCAGCAUUGAAGAGGUGUUUCCCUAAAGGUAUAGAUAUCUACUUUGAUAAUGUGGGAGGUGCAACGCUUGAUGCUGCUCUUCUCAACAUGAGAGACAAUGGUAGGAUCUCAGCAUGUGGAAUGAUCUCACAGUACAACUUGGAGGAACUUGAAGGUGUGCAUUUCUUGGUGAAGAUGAUCACCAAAAGACUCACAAUGAAAGGAUUUCUUGUGGGUGAUUAUUUCAAUCUCUAUCCAAAGUUUUUGGAGGUGAUCAUGCCAUACAUCAAGAAUGGAAAAAUCACAUACUUAGAAGACAAGACCGAAGGAAUUGAGAAUGCUCCUGCUGCACUUGUUGGACUCUUUACUGGCAAAAAUGUGGGAAAACAGUUGGUUGUUUUGGCUGACGAGUAAUGAAAGGAUUCCUUUUUGUCCCUGUUUACCUCCACGUCCUGUGGACUUUGUUGGUUGUAUUUUUUGUUUAUGUUUGCCGGUCUUGGGAGUCUUCUGUAGUUUUUUUCCUUUCUGUACUUUCGUCUUUGCAUUCUGAUUCAUGUGUUUUCAAUACAUGGUGGUUUAUCCUCUUUUUCUUCUU